AUGAUUAUUAAUGAUCUUAGUCCCGCGAAGCUCGUUGAGGGCGUCCGCGUAGCAUUAAAGUUAGAGGUCUCAUAUGCUUCCUGGAGAAGGACAUAUGCUUCAAGCGCGGAGUCGCAGUUCUGGAAACGCGCCGCGGGACUGGCUUCGCACGUAGUACCGAGAAUUAUGAUUCUUGUUCAGUGGGUAGAACGCCGCCAUCACCGGCACGAACAGCCAGUAUAUGCAUGUUUUUGUCUUCAUCCUCGGGAUAAAGAACUGGUUCUUCUGGAAGAGUAUAUUUGCCCUGGAGCAGGUCCCACGCGUCCGGAUUACGCGAGUUUAGCCUGGCCUUUAAGCUUAGGAACAGCUUUAGAGACGUCGAUAUCGAACGGGUCUUUGGACGGCGUCAUUAUCGCCGCGGAGGCUUUCCUACCCGCGAAACCGCGUAUAGUAGCGAUUUGA